AUGAUUGACUGUCCAUGGACUGUGGGAAACCUGAAAGCCACUCUUGGCAGUCAAUCUAAAAUCUAUGCUAGACCCAUUCAAAGAAAUCUUUCAACUAGUUCAAUCCAGCCUGAUGCCAAUAUCCAGGUUCGAGAAAAAUGCCAAGGUUGCCAGGAAGAUUUUAUGUUGAGUGAACUGCGCGAUCAUCUAUACACCUGUACAGCUGGCAUUUUAAAUUCACAUUCUUCCGAUGAAACUGAUUCCAACCAGCAUCAACAAAUUCAACCUACCAAUGCUGCAGCCCAUAUGGACAAUAACAGUGAGCAACACACUACUUUAGGGGAUAUAUUCGAACAACAAAAAACUAUUGCUGACCAACAACCUAGCAACAGUGCUGAACAGCUAACAAGCAACAAUGAAACUCCUGUCAGUAUUCAUAUUGAACAACCUAGCAUUAACAUUGAAACAAACAAUUCAGCAAUUGUAAGUGAGCAAAUAAACUUGAGUGGUCCACAUCCGGAUAUUAAUGACAACAGCCCUAUUUUUGUAGAAGAUGACAUACAUGGUCCUAUGGAUAUGCACCAACUCGAUCACCUAGUUGAUGAAGUAGUAGAGCAGUGCAAGAAAAGCAAUAUGGUCAGUAACAAAGAAAUUCUUCGUUUAUUACUGUCAAAAAUACUACAAGGGAGGAGUCUGGAUAUUGAAAGGGAAGAUGUAUGCCCAGAAGGUGAGACGACCUACAUUUAUGUGGAUCGUGACAACUUAUUGGAAACUGCAUUGGAUGAGAUAGCAGCUAUAGAAAAUAUCUUGCUUACAUCGCACGUCCAAUUUUAUGGAGAG